CCCCCAUCCACCAUGUUGAGCAUGCGAUUGAGCCCCUUCCGGGCUGUUCAACGGUCUAUUCCACCAUGGAGAUCUAGUAUGAGCACCCCGCGCUCGCUGUCCACCCAACGCAGCCUCCCCGCCGCGUACUACCGCGGCGGUACCUCCCGCGCCGUCUUCUUUCAGCGCGACCACCUACCCUCCCAACAAUCGCAAUGGGCGCCCAUCUUCCGACGUGUGAUCGGUAGUCCCGACCCCUACGGCCGACAACUCGACGGUCUAGGCGGCGGCGUGUCGAGUCUAUCCAAAGUGUGCGUGGUAGGCCCGCCGACCCGCCCCGACGCCGACAUCGACUACACAUUCAUCGCCCUCGGGGUCCGCAAUGACCACGUCGACUACUCCAGCAACUGCGGCAACAUGAUCAGUGCCGUAGGGCCCUUCGCUGUCGACGCCGGGCUGGUCACCGUGUCGCCUGACACGAACAGCCGCGUCGACCUGCGCAUCCACAACACCAACACCGGCAAGGUCGUCCGCGCGCGCUUCGGCGUUGUCGACGGUGAGGCUGCUGCCGAGGGGGACUUUGCCAUCGAUGGAGUCGCCGGCACGGCUGACCCCAUUCAGCUGGACUUUCUGGACCCGGCUGGCUCCCGCACCGGUCGGUUGUUCCCUACGGGUCGCGUGGCGGAUACCUUCGAUGGCGUACAGACCACCUGCAUCGACGUGAGCAAUCCCGCGUGCUUUGUCCGCGCAGCAGACCUGGGCGUGCGUGGAAAUCUCACCCCCGACGAGAUCGACACCCACCCCACGCUGCUCCCCCGGCUCGACUCCAUCCGGCGCCAGGCUGGGGUGGCUAUGGGUCUGGCGGAUCAACUGGAAGACGUCCCCGGCAGUGUGCCCAAGAUCGGCCUGGUGUCGUCCCCGCUGUCGGACGACCGGGCUGCCCAGGCUGGGCAGACACCAAAGGAGGUCGACGUGCUGGUGCGGGCGCUCUCCGUCGGACAGCCGCACAAGGCUGUGCCUAUUACCGUCGCGCUGGCCCUGGCGGCGGCGGCGCAAGUGCCUGGUAGUGUCGUGGCGGACGUGACGCGCGGAACCCGGGUCAGUUCGACGGGGCUGACUCUGGGUCAUGCCAGCGGGCGAUUGGUGGUGGGCGCGGAGUAUGGGGAGGAUGGGACGCUCUGUCAUGCUACGGUCUAUCGAACGGCGCGGCGACUGAUGGAGGGUCGUGUUUUCUGGAAGGGGAGCUGAUGGUGACUUGGUCUGUAUUUUCUAUCAUUCAUCCUAGUGUCUUUGGGGAGCACUGACUAUAGAUGUAUAUACGAGUACUGUAGAAUAAGUUUGAUCCUCCUGCGCAGUAGAUAUUUC